AUGAGUUUGUCACCGAUCCAAAAUCUCCCCAGUGAUCAACAAGAAACCUUGUUGUCCUUAUACUGGGGAUGUGGCUCGGUACUUGAAUCCGUUUUGAAUGCAGCUGUUGAGCUCAAUUUGUUUGAGAUCAUUUCUAAAGCCGAUCAUGAUCAGGUGUCUGCUGCAGAGAUUGCAUCUCAUCUUCCGACCAAAAAUGAACAAGCACCGGAGAUUAUUGACCGAAUGUUGCUUCUUCUAGCCAGCCAUUCUGUGGUGAAAUGCACUGUUGUUUAUGAAGAUGAUGAUCAAAAAGCAGGAAAAUGUUGGAAAUAUCUGAAAGAUGCGAUACUAGAAGGAGGAAGUCCAUUUGAGAAGGCAAACAAUAAAUUGAACCUGUAUGAAUACAUGAGUGAAAACAGGAGGUUUGGAAUGAUAUUUGACGAUGCAAUGAAGUCUAUGUCAACUAAUUUCAUGAUCGAAGUCCUUCAAUCCUACAAAGGAUUUGAGAAUGUGAAAGUAUUGGUUGAUGUUGGUGGUGGAGUUGGGGCUACACUCAAUAUGAUUAUUUCCAAAUAUCCUUCCAUUAAAGGAAUCAACUUUGACUUGCCUCAAGUCAUCAAAACCGCUCCAUCCUGGCCAGGCGUGGAGCACAUAGAAGGGAAUAUGUUUAAGUCAGUCCCAAAGGGAGAUGCUUUUGUAAUCAAGCGAGUUCUUCACGACUGGUCAGAUGAAAUGUGCACAAAGAUACUGAAGAGCUGUUUGGAAGUGCUACCAGAUUAUGGCAAAGUGAUCGUCAUCGAAGUGAUAGUUCCUGAAUCCACACAAGAAGUUAGUUUCUCUUCAAGACUUGCUUUAACUCUUGAUUUGAAGAUGUUCACGUUAACACCCGGAGGAAAAGGGAGGACUGAGAAACAGUACGAGACUCUUGCUAAAACAGCUGGUUUCGCAGCUUCGAUAGUGGCUUGCCGCACUCAAGAGUAUUGCGUUAUUGAAUUUUACAAGAACCUGCCCACAUCUGACAGAGGCGAGAGCCGGCGUCCGGCGGUCCGGCGAAUGAAGAGGAAAACUCUAAAGAGGAGCAAUCGGAAUAGGAGAAGGAAAGAGGGAACAUCAAUGAAGAAUUCAUUGUCGAGACACCUGACGGUUCAGCUAGGGCAAGCUGCAGCUUUUCAGCAGCAACAGCAACAACACCAGCACAAGAACCUUCUCGACGCCGAUUCAAAUUCUGCCUUGGAUUUUGACGCCGAUGCUGCCCCUAAUUUGAUGGAGGACAGAGAUUUCAUUCUGAGUCAGGAUUUCUUCUGCACUCCCGACUACAUCACUCCCGAUGCUCCAGCAGUUCUGGAUUUCAAUAGUCAGGAGAGUAUUCCCUGCCCGAAGUCACCGGAGAAAGUUAAGACCACCGUGAAAAGCAAGCGGCAGAGACUUGAGGGUACCGUGGAGGAUUCUUUCACGUCAGACCAAAUAUCAGGACUUCCUAUUGAUACUUUGACAGACAACGAGACUGGAAUAACAAAGGCAUAUGGCUCGGAAAAGAUUGCAGGUUAUGUUUCACAGUCUGCAGUGGCUUUAAGGUGUCGAGUAAUGCCACCUCCCUGCAUAAAGAACCCAUAUAAUAAGGAUGCUUCUGGAUUAAAUAUAGAUCCUUUUGACAAUCAUCGAUCAAAAUGUGCAGGUCUUUAUCCAGCAGUAUUUGGCGGUGAUGGUCUCUCCCGCUACCGGGCUGAUUUCCAUGAAAUUGAAAAAAUUGGUGAUGGAAACUUUAGCUGUGUUUUCAAAGUCUUGAAGAGGAUUGAUGGAUGCAUGUAUGCUGUCAAACACAGCACGAGACAGUUGUACAAUGACGCUGAAAGGCGAAGGGCUUUAAUGGAGGUUCAAGCAUUAGCGGCUUUAGGAUCCCAUCAAAACAUUGUUGGCUACUAUUCUUCUUGGUUUGAGAAUGAGAAAUUGUAUAUCCAGAUGGAGCUCUGUGAUCAUAGCCUCUCUAUCAGUAGAUAUAGGAGAUUAUUGAUGGAAACAGAAGUUUUGGAAAUAAUGCAUCAGAUUGCAAAGGCAUUGCAGUUCAUACAUGAGCGAGGAAUAGCUCAUUUGGAUGUAAAGCCAGAUAACAUUUAUGUCAAAAAUGGUGUUUACAAGCUUGGUGACUUUGGUUGUGCAACCCUUCUUGAUCAGAGCCUGCCUAUCGAGGAGGGUGAUGCACGCUAUAUGCCCCAAGAAAUUUUGAACGAGAAGUAUGACUGUCUUGAUAAGGUUGACAUAUUUUCGUUGGGGGUUACCAUAUAUGAAAUUGUCCGAGGAUCGGCACUACCUGAGUCAGGACCUCACCUUCUGAAUCUUAGGGAAGGAAAACUGCCUCUUCUCCCUGGUCAUUCCGUGCAGUUUCAGAAUCUACUGAGGGUGAUGAUGGACCCCGAUCCAAAUCGAAGACCUUCUGCGAGAGAAUUAUUGGACAAUCCAAUAUUUGACAGAGCUCUAAGAGUUGCUAAAACCAAGUGA